GAGGUGGGAGACUUAGGUGGAGGCCGCGCCCGGAGGGGAGGAGUCGGGGCCGGCCCCGGCGGCCGGGCCCGGCGGGGCCACACAAGGCCCCCCCGAGGGCCGAGCCCUUUUUCUGACCCCGCUUCGCGAGCAAACGCAGCCCCGUGACGUCACAGCAUGCCCACCCCCACAGACUGGUGUCACCUGAGGCCCCUCCCCGCUUCAGCUCGCGUUCCCUUACUGUCCUGUUCACCUGGCUCGGCUGAGCUCCGACGGCACUGCACAAAAUCCACCACCCGGAAGACUUGCUGCGGAGAACUACUAGUACUUUUUUCGUAAACUCUGAGAACCCAGCAGUGAUGUGGAGGUGGAGACCCACAGGAGCCCCGGACUUCACCUGAGCUACCUCAGCAGUCACCAGGGGUGGCAAGAAAAGGAAGAAAGCCCUGAGUUAGGGGAGACCAGGAUGCCUGACCGGGACAGCUAUACCAACGGCACUGGGAACAGCAGUGGAGGCCCUGGAGGUGGUGGCAGCGAGGAGGCCAAUGGGGCUGGGGCAGGCAGUGGCGGGGCCAGCUCAGAUGCCAUCUGUAGAGACUUCCUGAGGAACGUGUGCAAGAGAGGCAAGCGCUGCCGCUAUCGCCAUCCAGACAUGAGCGAGGUGUCCAACCUGGGGGUGAGCAAAAAUGAGUUCAUCUUCUGCCAUGACUUCCAGAACAAAGAGUGUAGCCGCCCAAACUGUCGAUUCAUCCAUGGCUCCAAGGAAGAUGAAGAUGGCUAUAAGAAGACGGGAGAGCUGCCCCCUCGGCUGAGGCAGAAAGUGGCAGCCGGCCUGGGCCUCUCUCCGGCUGACUUGCCCAAUGGCAAGGAGGAGGUCCCUAUCUGCCGUGACUUUCUCAAAGGGGACUGCCAGAGAGGAGCCAAGUGCAAGUUCCGCCACCUGCAACGGGAUUUUGAGUUUGAUGCUCGAAGUGGAGGAGGCACUGGUGGUGGGGGUUCAACAGGCCCAGUCCCCCCAGGACGACGUCAUGACCUCUAUGAUCUCUAUGACCUCCCUGACAGGGGCUUCGAGGACCAUGAGCCAGGCCCCAAGCGCCGGCGAGGUGGAUGCUGCCCCUCAGAUGGCCCCCACUUUGAGUCAUAUGAAUAUAGCCUGGCUCCCCCUCGAGGGGUGGAGUGCAGACUGCUGGAGGAGGAGAAUGCCAUGCUCAGGAAGCGGGUAGAGGAGUUAAAGAAGCAGGUCAGCAACCUGCUGGCUACCAAUGAGGUGCUGCUGGAACAAAAUGCCCAGUUCCGCAAUCAGGCCAAGGUCAUGACCCUGAGCUCUACUACACCAGCGACUGAGCAGACUCUGGCCCCCACAGUGGGUACUGUUGCCACAUUUAACCAUGGCAUUGCCCAGACUCAUACUACUCUCAGCAGUCAGGCUCUACAGCCUCGCCCUGUGUCCCAGCAAGAACUAGUGGCCCCUGCUGGAGCGCCAGCUGCUCCCCCAACUAAUGCUGCACCUCCUACUGCUCCACCCCCCCCACCCCCACAUUUGAACCCUGAGAUCACACCACUGUCAGCUGCUCUGGCUCAAACAAUUGCCCAGGGAAUGGCACCCCCUCCUGUCUCCAUGGCUCCCGUGGCUGUAUCUGUGGCCCCUGUGGCUCCUGUAGCUGUCUCGAUGGCUCAGCCCUUGGCAGGAAUCACAAUGAGCCACACCACCACUCCCAUGGUGACUUACCCCAUUGCUUCCCAGAGCAUGCGUAUCACAGCCAUGCCACACUGAUGGGGCUGAUGGACACUCCCCUGGUAUAGCCUCCCAGGCUGGGGCCCUUACCCCCUCACCUAGCCCUCCCAGGGCCUGCUUGAGGGACUUAAGGACUAAGACAAGAGACUACAAGGAGUUUGCUACUGAGAAGGGUCUGGGCUGGUGUGUUUUCUCUCACUCCCUUUUGUGAGGGUCUUGGCUAUCUUCAAGCCUCACACACAGCUUGCGGAGGAGUGCAGACUGAAGCCAGCAGAGAGGAAGGACUGGCUGAGGGGCUGUAUGUCCCCUCAUGGGAAGUUGGGGAUGUCCCUGGUCUUGUCCUCUUCUGUACAGCACAGGUUCCAGCACUGGCUUUGGAAGUAAAAUAAAUGCCAUGCCCAGAGGGAAAGCCAGGGAAGAUUGGAAAGUGGGUGGCCAGGAGAGAAGGCCUGAUAGAAGCUUUCAGACAGUUUGGGGCCUAGCUGAGUUGGACAAAACAGGAACUGCUCUUGGGUCUGUGGGAAGGCGGGGACCAUAGUAUUCCAGCCCAAGGACUAGGGGAGAAUUCAUUACCUUGGCUUGGCCUGGAAAUCCAUAGGGUAGGGCCUACCACUUUCCAAAGAAAUUAAAAAGCAAUUCUUUUUAACGAAUGGAGGCAGUGCAAACUUGCUGAGAUACUCAGUGUGGAAGAUAGGAGCAGUAAAUAGAUUUCACACCAAAAUGGGAUUGAGAGCCCUCUCACAGAGGUGGGUAAGUUGGGUAGAGGUCGGGGAAGAAGGGUAGGGCCUCAGAUGGGGCUUUGGGGAAGGCACUUUGUGGAGUAAAAGCAUUGGAGCCACCUAGUCUAGUUUAAAAAUAGUCCCAUCUGUUUCUGGUUUCUAUCUACAUGUACUAUUCUCAGGUUGCCUUAGUAACCAGGGCUCCUAGGGUCAUUUUAGGGAGGCAGGUACCAAGGAGGGUGGAUGUUGUGGGCAGUGGGAAUGGGAUAGUAUUGACAGAUCCUUCCAUUACUCACAUAGAGCAGGGCAGGUGGUGGCUGCUGAGCUGAUGGCAGCUAAUGGCCUUAUCCCAGCCCUUCCUCAGUUACCAAUGCCUUAAGCUCUCAGGGCUGGGAGGUGCUGGGAAAGGAGAGUUCUCCUGGGCACACAACGCCUUGGGUUCAUCCCUUUCUUCCCUCUGCCCCCAUACAGAACCACAGAGAUUUUAAGGCCAGUUGUGUCAAGGCCAGGGCCCCCAAGAACCAAACCUCAGUUCCUCCUCAGCUCAUGGCUGAUGGAGGAGAAACAACUCAGGUGUCUAACGGGACAGUGGAUUUGGGGGUAGUAAUAGUGACCCUGGGUUGUGCUCCCCCUAUCUCCUGCUACCUCUUGUUCUCGUCUGAUUGGUUACUCAGGUUACAUCUGGGGUUGGAGAUUGUGGUUACGUCAAAGCUGAUCAUAAAAAAAAAAAAAUGGGCCUAAAAACUGAAAGUGGGCAAACACUGAAAAUUGUGGAUUUUUAAAAACCACACAUUGAUGACCUUAAUGUUGAUUUUUCUGGCACAAUUCUGGAUUAUUAAGAGAGAUGGUUUAUGAGGAUUUAGACACAAAUGUGAUCAUAGAUACCAACAUGAGUUAUCCCAGCUAAGUCUAGACAAACUUAAAGUUUAUUUUUUGUUAAAUAUCUCUUGAGGCAGAUUUUGGAAACUACAUGCAGAUAAUGUAUGUCCUUUACUAAUAGAGUCUAGGUAAAGACCAUGAGGAAUACACCUGUAGAUGAACAAGUUGGGUUUGAUUCUCAUCACAAUGUUAAGAGGGGGCAUGCCACAGGAAACCAUGGUCUGUCUCAGCCAAAGGGUGUUAGAAAGGAUUUACGGGACUUGGACUUUGGUGAAGGGAUUUUCAGGAAGGCUCAAGGAAGUGGGGCAGCACUCUGGAUUGGGUGCUGCACACACAGAUAAUUCCACAUUGGGCAUCUUCAUCUAACUGGGAAAAAGGGCAGAUUAGAGUGAAGCUACAGCCGUAAAUGGUGAUGAAGCAGCCCCGUGUUAGUUGGGAGAGGGAAUGUUUGCUGUUUUGUGGUUGGCACAAUGACCUCCUUUUGUGCUUACAACAAAACAGUGAUAUUGUUUUUUGUCUCACCUCAUCACAGUCACUGAGUGCUCUUCUCUGAUGUUGGUGUUUUGUAAGAUUCUUUGUGUCCCAACAGGGAACACCAUUUCCUAGCUGUGAGCCCAGGUCAGCCCCUAACAACUCUGGAAGAACCUAGUGGGGCUAGUUUUCAGAUGUCAGGAGCUGCUUUCCUCUUUUUCAGCUGCUAUGUGAUUGCAGAUAAAAUGAUUAUUAUGGGUUGGUUAAUGGUAGAGUUGGUAAAAACAAAACAACAUUUGUGCCUAGUAAAUGUUGAUUAGUGCAUUCAUGUUAAAGAGAAAUCUAGUGAUAUAUCCAAGGGUGUUUAUUAAAAAAAAGAUUUUAAAAAGUCUUGUAUGAAAAUAUGAAAAGCCCUGUUAUCAACAAUAAUACAACUUCAGUAGUAAUACAGAAAAUGUCUAUAAUUUGGAUUGAUUAACUGCAGGGAUCAAUUUGGACUGACUCUUCCCUUAAACAAUUACUUGAGCCUGAGGAACAAAUAAAGAGAUCUACAUUAGCAAUAAUUCACAUGAAAACAUGGGACUUCCAACUGGCUACAAAGAAAUUAAAGUCUUAGUCCUCAUAGUAUGUCAGUUCAUAAAUGUUAAGAGCCUGCUAUGUACACAGGAGCUCCAUAAAUGUAACAGAACCAUAGUCAUGCGUUGUAAAUAUAGCAGUUCUACAAUGUCUGUCCCAGGGGAACCACUCCUAUGUACUGUGUUCUUCUAAAUGUAAUUUUAAAACAGGGCCAUUGAUAAAUCAGUGGGGUAGCUGAAAAAAAAUUGGCAAGAGAAGACUGAGGGAAACCCAGUAGAUGUUUUAAAAUACUUAUAAGGCUGCUCAGUGGAGAAAAGGUCCCAUCUUGCUGCAUAGGAAAUAAACGGAGUUCUAGAAUAACAGAUAACAUUUACUGAGUACUUAAUAUGAGGCAAGGCACUGCUAGGCAUUUUACAUGAAAUAUCUCAUCGACAAAACGGGUAGUAUUAUUGUACCUGUUUUUACAGAGGAGAAAGGCUUACAGGGAGUAAUUAGCGCAGCAUUCCACAACUACUAAGGAAUGUGACUGGGAAUCAAUUCAGGCAGUCUGACAAUAGAGCCUAAGAAAGUUCUAAUGAUAGAGCCAUUCAACAAUAGGACCACUACUUAGUAACUUGCAAGGAGUAAUAGUAAAUUGCCUUGUAACUGUUGUCUCUUCCCUCUUGGAGAGUGGGCUGGGACCAAAUUACCACAGCCAAGCCCCUCUGCCCUCCCUUAGGCGACUGUAGUUUACAUGUGAGUGCGGAUUGAAAAUCCAGGAAGUCGGACUCUUCUUAGACACUUCCUCUAACAAAUGGCCCGCCCUUUUCCUGUUAUUGACAUACUGCUUAUCACCACCAGGUGGCACCUGGGCAGCAGAAUCGCCAAUAGGCGGGGACCCAACCUGUUUACUUGUUCUGGUGUCUGCAUUGCAGCUGCUGAUCUUACGGAUCCCGGCUAGGCCUUCCUGAGGAUACGUUUUCAUCCUCCAUGUACCAUCUUCAGUAAAAGGGUCUGAUCCAGAGGGGGUGAGAAUGGGUAGAUGUUUGGGAAGGAACCUCCAAGGUUACUCUCUCUACCCCCCAGCCUCAGGGGCCCCCCUCCUCUUUAAUUCAGUGCUUGACAAAUUUCAAUUUAUAGGGGUUUCCCUCUAAGGAGGUUAUCCAUUUUCUUGCUAUAGUUGUACUUCAUCCAAACUUACUGAGCUCCUACCUGCUCACCUCUGAGGAUAUGGAGGAUAGGGAAGGCAAAUUAUUUUUUAUACAUGUCUGUAAACUAAGUGAAGCAGUCUAGAUACUGUUAGUCUCAGGGAAGUAGAGAACAGGAAAUGAGAAAAUUUAAGAUUAGGGAGGAAGGCUGGCAGGGAUGUUUUAAACUGCUUU